GUUCAAUUCAAAAUGGCAGCGUAGUAAAAUGUAUAUUGUGAUGUUCAUUGUAAACGAUAUAAAAAUGGCUAUCGAUAGUGUUAUAAAUAAUUAUAUGAUUCAAAUAAACAAAAAUAUAAUUGAAAAGUGUUUGUAUCCUGUUCAAGUUUUGUGCUCAAAGUCUGUGAAUUAUCAAUUGCAAGGUCUUUGGACAUUUCCUGGUGGUCAUACAGAUUUUAAACAUUCAAAUAGAGGAUUUAACACUGUGAAAUCUAGAACGAGAUUGCCUUGUAUAUUCUGAAUUGCUUACUAAUAUAAAAAUGUGGAACUGUACAAGAUCUUUUAGUCCAGCGGGACCUGUUAUAGGGCCAUUUCUACAACCACAAAAGAGAGAUUUCAGUUAUAACAUGUCAAAUCUAUCUGUGGUUCCUAAGAAACUAUUUUCGAAUCAAAACUUUGUUAGUAACCAUUAUCCAAAAGUACAAAAUCAUUUUAACAGCACAUCCUACAGCCCAUAUCACACUUGUCAUAAUACUGGUGACACAAUUGAACUUAUCAAAGUAAAAUCUUCUGAAAAUUCUAGUCAAAAUAAUAUAGAUAUAAUUCAAGAAAAUCCUCCGGAAAUUCCUAUAGAGAAAAGUCCAAUUCAGAAUAAUCAAAUGUGCUCUACCAGAAAACGGUGUAAAAAAAAUAGAAGAAGUCGAAAGAAAGUAACUAAUAAAAGUUCAAAACAAAAUAAAUCCAGAAGACAGAUUAGUGAUAUGAUGGAAGUAGAUAUUGAACCUGAUGUCUCUAUGGACAAUACUGACUUUCCUAGUGCAUCUCCCACAUGUGUCAGCGUGGCUGACUUUAUAUUGGAUAUACCCGCCAAGGCGAGCAAAUCGGACGACGAUGUCUUCACAUUUAUAUCUAUCUCACCCUCCAUCAGCAACAGACCAUAUACCAGAGAAAGACAGAUAUCUAUCUGCGAAUCCGAAGACAGUUUUAUCGUCUUUGACAGUGGCACUGAUGAAGAAUUGAAGUUUUCCGAUUCGGAGGAUAACGCUGAAUUGGAUUCAGAAGACACUGAUGAUGGCGACGACGAUGAAGUCGAUGGUGGUUCGGAUUCAGAAAUCGAUGACGACUGCGACUCUUCAUUCUCGGUGGUGCCUUGUAAGAGGGUACGUUUCGCCGAUAACGAAGACCUUUGCGAAAUUCAUCAGAUGGUGCAGUGGUCUUUCGCAUACAGGAACGCAAGAAAAGGCCCUUGGGAGGAAUACGCCAGAGAUAGAGAACGAUUUAAUAAACGUAUUAACGAAACCGAACGAAUUCUUGCUCCAGUUUUCGAUAGCAGGCAUAGAGAAAAUGUGUACAAAGCGCGAUUCGAAGACACAAUAGAGUCCAUUGUCCAACUUUCACAGCCGUACAGCAAAACAGAGAAAACGUAAUCUGAUCAUUCGAAUUCUGAGCUUAGACUAAGCUUCUAUUAUACUAUACUAUACUAUCUUGUAAAAAAUGUUUUUAUGUUCAUUAGCGUUUUCCUCGCUUCUUCAAUUCUUGAUACGAUUUCUUUUUUAGGUUAAACUGGCUGUUAAUGUUUGCUCCCAAAUAUUUUAUGGAAGUUACCUGUUCUAUUAUUUAUGUCUUGGUAUACAAAUGCACAUUUGUUGGUAUCUUUGAAAAUACUAGAAUUUUAGUUUUGGAAAUGUUGAGAUGUAAACAGAACAUUUCGCUUGCUAUUAGGACGGUAUCAUCAGCGUACCCGAUGUCGUCUAUGCUGGUUCCGUUAAUCUUGAUUCCACCUUGGACCUCGCCUAAUGCUUUUAUAAAUAUAGAUUCCGAAGACGGAUUAAAUAAUAGCGGUGACAAGACGCAACUUUGUCGGAUUCGUAUAUCGUCGAAUGUUGUGUGCUCUAUUUCAAUUGUUGCCGUUUGGUGCCAGUACAGUUCUGAGAUAAUUCGUAAGUGUUGUUCGUCCAGUUGUUCUCAGAAUUUCGAUCAUCUUUGGAUGGUUAACACAGUCAAAUUGUUUUCUAUGUAUAAUCAAUAAAACAUGCAUAUACAUUUACAUUCGUGUCUCUGUAUCGUUGUGUUAACACAUUUAAGAAAAAAAGAGCUUCUCGUGUUCCCAAUCCGUUUCGAAAUUCUUAUUGAGUGUCACUCAUCUGAAACUCACAGUACUUGUAAAUUCGUAUAUGUAGUGUGUAAGUUCUAUUUCUAAAUUCAAACUAUUUUCUAUUUAUCUGAGUCAGAAUUGAGUUGACAUAGUUAACAUGAAGCAAUAAAAAAACUAAAUAAUUAGUAUUUUAUUUUAAGUACUCAGGUACAACUACUAAUCUUUUCAAGUGGUAUUGAACUGAAUUUUUGUCUUUCUGCAAUAGCAGAAUUGGAUUUAGUGACGUCUUUCUUUAAAAAUAUAGAGUAAAUCUUUCAACGUUAAAAUAGAUACAUUUUUGACAGCUCUUAUUAUACACAGUUCUAAUAAAUGACAUUGAUAAGGUAGUUGAGAGUUAUUUUUAUCAGAUUAUUUGAAGUAUGCUAUAUUUAAAAAAAAAUGAUUAGUAUUUAUGGGAAAAUAGAUAAUAUAUAAUACUAAUAUAUAAUUCUUCUUGAGAAGUACACAUUUUUAUAUUUCUGUAAAUAUAUGGAUCGCCUUGCUAAACGGAGCCCAUUCAACAUGCAAAGCAUUAUAUUUAAAAUUCGUUGGACAGGUGUAAUUAGGUGGUAGAAAUUACAAACGAAUCGUAUAUGGUAAUCUUUCAACAAACAGAUUUUUUUAAUGUUUUUAAAAUUAUAUAAAAAUAAUACUCUUUGCUUUUAUAACUUCUUGGACGAUAUUUGCUAGAGAGUCAAUAAGUUUUUACAGUGAUCUAAUAUUUGCUGGUUUCGAAACAAUGUCUGGGUUACAGCUUCAUUAGUUGUGCAAUCUAUUUUACACAGAUUUUAAAUCGGAUUAAUAUCCGGUGAGGUUUCUGGUCAUUCAAAGCUGAUAUGUUACUGUACCUUGAAAUGUUUAAUCAUGAUUUUGAAUAAUAUUCAUGGAGCAGAAUCUUUUUAAAAAAUGUUAUGCACUUUUAUUAGUUUAAUUCCCAAGCCACGACUGUUCGAUCUAGAUCAACUGUCAUUGAGUUUUUAAUUGUCACUCUAAGAAAACAUAAUCGUUCUUUUAACAAAAAAUGGCAUUCAUCUGAGAACAAAAGUUUUUCUUAAAUUUUUAACAGUCUUAACCAACUCAGAUAUCUUUUUACUCCAGCGUGUGCUAAGUGCUGAUAUUUUGUUGAAUUUACUUUCUCUUGUUAAAAACGCAUUCCAUUCCGUAUUGCCAUCUUCUCUUUUCUGUUUUCCUCCCCUAUCUCUUUUUUUCUCCCAUUUCCCACUGUCUUUUUUUGAAAAUCGUGUUAACGGCUUUGAGUUUGAGAGAGUUUGGCCUAAACAUAAACUGUUCAAAAACAAAACACAUGGUGUUUAACCGUUUAGCACAUCAAUAUGCACGAUUAUAUGUUGAUGAUCAUAUAAUUCAAAGAGUGUCCAGUUUUAAUUAUCUUGGUUGCCAUAUUACUGAACAACUAGAUCCAGAUCAAGGUUGCAACUUCAACUUCGAAAACGCGUGGUUAAAUGCUAUAUUUGGUCAGUCCUCUUAUACGGUGUCGAAGCAUGGACAUUAAAAAUAUCCACCAUUAAUCGUCUGGAGGCUUUUGAAAUGUGGCUGCACAGACGUAUACUAAAAAUUCCAUGGACAGCUAUGCUGACAAAUGUGGCAGUCAUUGAGAGAGCAAAUGCUGCUCGCUUUCUGCUUGAUAACAUCAAAUGUAGAAAGAUGGCCUAUUUUGGACACGUAGUAAGGGGAGACCGAUAUAAUAUUCUUCAACUUAUUAUGAUGGGUAAAAUCGAAGGACGCAGAGGAAUUGGUAGAAAGCAGGCUCUUGGUUGAAGAAUAUCAGGGAGUGGACAGGAAUAAAGAAAGCUGAGCAACUCUUUAGAAUAGCUCGAGACAGAGACAGUUUCGUCAUGUUAAUCGCCAACGUCAAGGGGACUUGAUAGGGCACGUUAAGAAGAAGAAGAAGUUAACGGCUACCAAACUUACAGCCAUGCUCUUUAGCAAUAUAUAGUUGAGUAAUUACUGUGUCUUCGCUCAAGGUACAUAUAACAAUCUUGUGCCUAAAAAAACAACAAAAAGGCAACACGUCUCGUAUGUGUCAUUACUUACUGACUCUCAGAACUUGUCACUACUUUGUCAUGUGUUGCCAACUGCUAAAAAACCAAAUAUGUUUAAUUUACACAGCAGUGUACUUUAUGAAUUUAAAUUUGUAGCUUCUAUAAACCUACUCAUAUCUGUUAGAUGAAUUUCAAAUACCGAUUCGUCGGGUAGAAUUCGUUCCUUAAAUUGUGGCGGACCAUAAAAGUGUUUUCCUUUUCUGAACGAAACCUUUCUUGCCCAAAAUCCGAACCCUUUUAUUUUAUGUACAUAUUUAAGGUGGUUGGUAGUUAACUUUUAAGUAUAAUUAACUUCUAUAUUUUUAUAGUAAAUCAUUAGAAAAUAUUUUAACAAUGCAAUUUAGAUUAGUUUUUAUUUAAAAACAAAUAUUCUGGGACAUUCAAGUGUUAUAUCAAAUUUUAUAUUAGUAAUCGAAGACACAAGCGGAUAAAGGUGUCAUGUACUAAAAUCAUUAUUUCCAGAAAAAUGAGUUUAAAGUUUAUUCACUGGAACUUUCUUGCGCUGUUUCUGAUUUAUUUCUGUUUUUCAAAAAUUGUUACAUGACACCUUUAUCCACUUGUGUCUUCAAUUAUAUGAGGAGAUAAUUUUAAAAAUUGCAUCAACUUUUGUUUUAACAGAGUUUUAUAAUUGUAGUAAAUUACUGAUGAAAGAACUACGCAAUGAAUAAUACAUUUUUCAGAUUAUAGUGACAAUAUUUUAGCAGUAUAGUGAUUAAUACUGAUGUUUAAAAUGAUUUCAUUCCAUACAUUUAAAAACAUAUUAAUUGGUUAUUUUUUGUUUCAUUUUACCUACAUUAUAGAUGUACCUAUAUGUCGAAAAUCUCAAAAGUUUGGGAUAUGACCGACAAACUUCAAAGGUUAUGCGAGAAAAAAAUUAUUUAAUUAUACGCAUAUUUAAUGACGCUGAUUGGCAGAUCAGUCAUUUAGUAAAUCAUAAAUUUUAUGUACAUGAGAUUUAUGAUUUGUCAUUGGAAUUUGUAUAUAUUAUUCUGUGGAAAUAGAUAAAAUCUUAAUCCCGCUGUAUUUUGUUGCACAAACCUCUAAUUAUGUUUUGUUCUCGAUGGCUCUAUAUAUUAUUAUUAAUUUAAAGUGAAUGUUAAACUACUAAUUAUGGCAAAAUAAGUAUGUAUAUAAUUUUUCAUAUUUAUUCAAUUCAAAAUUUAUCAAUAAAAUAAAGAUAUUGUUUUAUAGUAUUUAUAAAGUCAGUUGAAACUUUUCUCUCCGACUCGCUUUAUAAGGGCAGUUCAAUAUUACAUUUACCGGUAAUCAAGUUAAAGUAUAAAUAACACGCGUCAAUGUUUCAAACGUAUUUCAACAAUCCCCGUACUUCGUAGGAAAUAGAUGGAAGAAAGAGCGAAUGAAAAAUACACCCCAUAAAAUAAAUAUUGGACAUUUAUAUGUUAUUUAAAAUCACCAAUAUUUAACACACAGUUGUACAGUGCUGUACAGCUAAAAUGUUUAUGAUAUCAUAUUACACUAUAUAUCUAAUAGGUCUCAUCAGAACAGUUAUCCAUAGGCGUUCUCAACGUGAAAAAUCAAUAUUUUCUGUCUUUUAAGAAGCAACACUAAAAUGGCUUCGAUAUGGACGCAAUAGCGACAUCUGAUAAUAAAUCCGUAAAAUAGUUUCGAAACACAAUUCAGAUUUCUGCUUUAUCUGAACCUUCUAAAAUUGCAAGGUAUUACAGACCUUGAUAAAGAUGUUAAAAGAGGGAUGGGGAAUCUAAAAUUUGCAUUCCACGACAUGUCUCUUCAACUAAACAGAAAUCCUUAGCGAAUUGGUUUCUUGUACUCGUACAGAGUAGAUCCGAAUAAAAUGAAAUCAUUAUACUGUCAAUAUGGCCUAUUGUCAUUUAAUUAUAAAUUAUUUUUGUUACUAAUUAUGACAUGUUAAAUACUUGUACUUGUACGACAGCUUUAAGUAAAUUAAAAUUGUCCUUUUUCUGUUCUUCAUUAAUCUAUAUUUGAUUAUAAAAAUUUGAUGCGCCCAUGUCUGGUAAUAUGAUAUUAUUGUUUUAAUGUUUGUCGGCAACCAGUUUUUUGUGUGUUUUAACUGAUUUUAUAAAUACUAUACUACUCCCGAUUUACUAGUAAUAUUAUUGAUGUUGUGUUGUGUCCCAGAAAUGUAGCUUCAUAUUUACCAUUUAAUGUAAAGUAACCAAAUAACAAGUACCUUCAAAAAAUUUUAUUCCAAAGUACAGUAGUCGGAAUUACUGUAGUUAAGUUUCCGUUUUAUAUGUUGGUGCUAUCACUUAUAAAUCUCUAAGUUACAUUUUGGAUUAUUUAUAAUAAAUCCUUAAAAAAAUAUGC